AUCACAAACCACUUUGCUUCGGGGUGGACGACGGUCGGUUGUACGCAUGCGCGCAGGCAGCAGUGCGUGUGAUAUGAAAAGAGAGGUAAACAGCGGGCAGAUAACGUGCUAAAGAGAAACAGAUAUGGAUGCUCAGAAAGAUUUGCAGCCGCCCAAACAGCAGCCUAUGAUCUACAUAUGUGGAGAAUGUCACACUGAAAAUGAAAUUAAGGCCCGUGAUCCAAUCCGAUGCAGGGAGUGCGGUUACAGGAUCAUGUACAAGAAGAGAACAAAGAGAUUGGUCGUCUUUGAUGCCAGAUGAGGAAGACGAGAGCAGCCGUUUUGAUGAUUUCUGUUGUUUACUAUUUUUGUAGUGUAUGACCAUGUAAAUAAAUAGAAUGACAGCUCCAUACGCUCAGACCUCCAGGCCCAGCUACAGAUCACUGAAUUAUGGUUUAAGCUCAAUAUUUUCAUUUCUGCACAAAUACAGCUGUUUGUUUUAUUCAGGAGUGAUGGAUGAAAGGUUUUGGUUAUUAAAAAACAAGAUUUUCACUGAC